AUGAUUGCCUCGCAUCUGCUCGCCUACUUCUUCUCGGAGCUCAACCACGACCAAGUGCAGAAGGUUGACCAGCAUCUCUACCACAUGCGCCUCUCUGAUGAGACCCUUUCGGAGAUUUCUAAGCGGUUCCGCAAGGAGAUGGAGAAAGGGCUUGGAGCCACCACCCACCCCACUGCAGCAGUGAAGAUGCUGCCCACCGUUGUGAGGUCCACUGCAGACGGGACAGAACACGGAGAGUUCCUGGCUCUGGACCUUGGAGGGACCAACUUCCGUGUGCUUUGGGUGAAAGUAACCGACAAUGGGCUCCAGAAGGAGGAGAUGGAGAACCAGAUCUGUGCCAUCCCCGAGGGCGUCAUGCGAGGCAGGGGCACCCAGCUGUUUGACCACAUUGACAAAUGCCUGGCUAACUUCAUGGAUAAGCUACAAAUCAAAGACAGGAAGCUCCCAUUGGGUUUUACCUUCUCGUUCCCUUGCCACCAGACUAAACUAGACGAGAGUUUCCUGGUCUCAUGGACCAAGGGCUUCAAGUCCAGUGGAGCGGAAGGCAGAGACCUUGUGGCUCUGAUCCGGAAGGCCAUCCAGCGGAGAGGGGACUUUGAUAUCGACAUUGUGGCUGUGGUGAAUGACACGGUUGGGACCAUGAUGACCUGUGGUUAUGAUGACCACAACUGUGAGAUUGGUCUUAUUGUGGGCACGGGCAGCAACGCCUGCUACAUGGAAGAGAUGCGCCACAUCGACAUGGUGGAGGGUGAUGAGGAGCACAUAUGUAUCAACAUGGAGUGGGGGACCUUCGGGGACGAUGGCUUGCUCAACGACAUUCGCACUGAGUUUGACCAGGAGAUUGACAUGGGCUCACUGAACCCUGGGAAGCAACUGUUUGAGAAGAUGAUCAGUGGGAUGUACAUGGGGGAGCUGGUGAGGCUUAUCUUGGAGAAGAUGGCCAAGCAGAAGCUGCUCUUUGAGGGGAAGCUCAGCCCAGAGCUCCUCAAAACGGGUGGCUUUGAGACCAAAGACAUCUCAGACAUCGAAGGGGAGAAGGAUGGCAUCCAGAAGGCCCGUGAGGUCCUGAGGCUGUUGGGCUUGGAUCCAGCGCAGGAGGACCGCGUGGCCACUCACCAGAUCUGUCAGAUCGCGUCCACACGCUCGGCCAGCUUGUGUGCAGCCACCCUGGCCGCCGUGCUGCAGCGCAUCAAGGAGAACAAGGGCGAGGAGCGGCUGUGCUCCACCGUUGGGGUUGACAGCUUCGUCUACAAGAAACACCCCCAUUUUGACAAGUGUCUACACAAGACCGUGCGGUGGCUGGUGCCCGACUGUGAUGUCUGCUUCCUCUGCUCUGAGGAUGGUAGUGGCAAAGGUGCAGCUGUGGAUGGCGGUGGCGUGACGGCGGUGGCUUACCGGCUGGCGGAUCAACACCAUGCUGGCCAGAAGACACUAGAGCCUCUGAGGUUGGGUGUAAUUAGGUGA